ACUAAGCAUUUUCCAUAAAUAUAUCACCUUUGUCGUUAGCAUUAUAUUGUGGCCAGUGAAGCAGGACAAGAAAAGGUACAGUGGGUAAAACGAUCGAUCCGAAGAAUCCACCUUCUCUCUCAACUGCUCAUCUUCUCUCUCUAGACUCAGUAAAAUAUUCACACACACAAAACUAAAAUAAAAAUAGCAAUUAUAGAAAAGGAAAAGCCUUCUUCUGGAUUUUUUGCUGUUCUAUUCAUUUCUCAGGUGGGAGAUCUCGUGGCCGUGUGCUUCUUGGAGUGCUGUCGAUCAAUGGAAAAACUUUGAGCUCUCUGUCGGAACCCACAUCGGGAAAACAAAAAAAAUACACAAAACUUGGAGAAAUCUCUGGUACGGCGACCGAAGGAUUGCUUAAGAAUCAUGGCGGUGGUUGAAAAUGCUGCGUUGAACGGCGUCGGAUCAUCGAACGGGAGCGACGCGAGUGUACAGAACGGCGUCGUUGCCUCUGAUCAUCAUCAACAGUCAGCGAAGACUGAUCAGCGGUCAACUGAACCGAGCAGGGAUCAGAAUUUCCAGUUGACGCAGGACGAAAAAGAGGAGGGCAAGAACGGGAAUGGCGUGGAUUUAACGAUUCAGGGAGAGAUUGACAAGGACGGCGAUGGUAGCGGCGGGGAGGGGUAUAAGAGGGAGAAAGAAAUGAGGGAUUUGGCAGAUAUGCUGUCGAAAUUGAACCCCAUGGCUGAGGAGUUUGUGCCGCCGUCUUUCAUCAACCAUAUACCCGUGCUUCUGCCUCCGGGCGGAGGGCAUUUUGGGUAUGAUGCCACAAACUUUGUUGCUCUUCAGACUCACUCUGGCCUCCCCAAUGGGAACUUCAUCAGAAGGUUGCAGAAGAAGAAUGGAUAUACUAAUGGGAAGAGAAGGCUGAAUAACAGGACAAGCUUAGCUCAAAGAGAAGAGGUCAUAAGGAGGACUGUUUAUGUAUCUGACAUUGAUCAUCAGGUCACUGAAGAACAGCUUGCUGCACUGUUUCUUAACUGUGGCCAGGUUGUUGAUUGCCGUAUCUGUGGUGAUCCAAACUCAGUGCUCCGGUUUGCAUUCGUGGAGUUUACUGAUGAAGAGGGAGCAAGAAAUGCUUUGAGUCUGGCAGGGACUAUGCUUGGCUACUAUCCCGUGAGAGUGCUUCCCUCCAAAACUGCAAUUGCACCCGUUAACCCCACAUUUCUUCCACAGUCAGAAGAUGAGAGAGAAAUGUGUGCAAGAACUAUAUAUUGCACAAAUAUUGAUAAGAAGGUUACUCAUUUGGAUGUCAAGCUCUUCUUUGAAACCAUAUGUGGAGAGGUUCUCCGCCUGAGGCUGCUUGGUGACCAUAAUCAUUCAACUCGCAUAGCCUUUGUUGAGUUUGUAAUGGCGGACAGUGCAAUUGCUGCUUUAAACUGCAGUGGUGCAGUCUUGGGAACACUUCCAAUAAGGGUAAGUCCAUCAAAGACACCUGUUCGACCACGUGCACCCCGAUCAACUGCAAUGCACUGAUCUUUAUAUCAAUAUAUCGUCGUAGUCACUGCUUUUGAAGCUUUCAUUGCUCUGGGAGCUGUCACGUUUAUCUAUAUCGUUCAUAUAUAUCUAAAUGCACAUAGAUACACUGCAACCCUUUGUUUAUCUAUAUAUAGUUUUACUUCGAUUAUCCACCCAGCUUACGCUCUUGGGUUUUAUGUAAAGCCGGCCAACUGAGAAGGGGGGGAUUUAUAUCCGCCCGCUCCGUUUGAGUUUGUAGAGUUGUCAUGAGGCUUACUUAUGGUACUAUUUAUACAUUGGCCAGUAAUGCUUAAACUCUUUGGGCAAUGCCCACCAAAGUACUGAUGAGUGAUGCUAGUUCAUGUUUGGCUUACAUUAUAUACUUUUGGAGCAAUACACUUUGUUUUUAGUUUUUU